AUGUCACCUUCUGUACAAAGACGUUCUACUGCUAACCCUUGUUUGAUACUUUUUUUACUCAACCUAUCAGUCCUUUCUGCUUCGGGAGCUGGAAUAUCAAAAUGUUUCAGUGGUUCUGGUUUGUUUUUUUCUUCUGUCUUACCUCUUCUAGACACCCUUAAAUGGAACCGGACCUUCAAUUUCAACAAUCGAUCGCUUGUAUUGAAAAUCGCCGCUUCUAAUGAUCCUGCUCAUUGGAUAGUUAAUUAUAUAUUUGAGUUUCUUGCGCGAGAGCGCCUUGGCUAUACGCACAUACAAUUCGUGCCAUCGACCUCUGUGGAUUUGAAGGGCUCUAUCGAACAACUCUUGUGCUCCGACGCCAAUUGCCAAACUCUUCCAAUUGUUCACAUUAACUUACUCCUAUGGGUCCCUAUAGGAGUGGAUAUAGUUCAGUGGGCAUCUCCCCAGAGAGUUAGUGAUCACGGUCCACUAGGCCCGUCGCGACAGUGGGAACUUUUUCAUCGAUCAGAGCAGCGUCGCCCAUCGUCCACCGCUGAUAGUACACUUACUGAGCCGCACACGUCGUGUCUGGAGAAGUCACAACUUCUGAUCGAUAAAAUUUCGGAACAUAUUAACAAAGCCGCGCGUAAUAAUCACACGGAGUCAACUGCACAGUCACACAGCCGACCUGUCGAAGUCUACGAACUGAGCCUCGACCGAUCCACACUAUAUUCACGCUCUUCCACUUUGUCUGAACCCCCGCUGUGCGACGGUUCAACAAACAAUGCCUACUCCAGCGAGGGUUUCUGUCGAACGGAAUCCUAUCAUGCAGUGAAAGUUUCGUGGGCACAUCUCAAUAGCGCUAGCCCCACACUUUUUCAACUCACAUCUCAAAUUCAUUUCAGCAACGAUGAGUUUGCUGAACUCUUGGGACAAGUGAGCUUGCUUUUUGUUUUAAUUUGGUACCUGUGUGGCUUUGGAAUAUUUAGUUAA